AUGAUACGAAGAAGCACGAUGCUGAUGGACCCAGCCGGGUCAGCGUCAUUGACAUCGUCGUCAUCGUCGUCGUCGCGGCCUGCUCCACAGUCUACCCCACAAUUCAAGUUUAUUAUUCCUCAGAUGACUCCUCCAAAGGCACCUCCCAAAUUCAAGUGGUCUAGCCAUUCGUUACCUUCAAAGGAGGCAUGGAAAAGACAGGCUGUAUUGCAAAAGGCGAAAGAUGCAGAAAUGGAGAAGAAACGCAUAGAGGCACAGCAGUUGAUUAAAGACGCUCAAACAACCACAAGCAGCGGGGCAGCGGCCUCUACACAGAAGAAAAAGAGGAGGACGCUAAGACCCCGUAAAGCAGUAAUCUCGCUGAGCCCUAAAGCGAUCGCACACUUAAAGGCCCUGCUCGAUGAACCAGAGCCACGUAUGAUCAGGGUCAGCACAAGGAACAGGGGUUGUUCUGGGACCACUUACGAUUUACAGUACGUAACCAAACCGGAAAAGUUUGACGAAGUCGUGGAACAAGAUGGAAUCAAGAUAGUCAUCGACUCAAGGGCGCUGUUCAGUGUCGUUGGCAGCGAGAUGGACUGGAUCGACGACAAACUGAACACAAAAUUCGUCUUUAAAAACCCAAACUCAAAGGGAACCUGUGGCUGUGGUGAGAGUUUCAUGGUAUGA